AUGGCUUCUUACCAAGGAAAUCUCAGCCUCCCUCACUGGAAGCUUCGACUCGCCAGCACUCUCAGACCUUUACCGCUCGAGAAGCGCAUCUCUGCCAUCGUGAUCUGGGUGAGUCCACGUCUGGGGAUACAUAGGGAACAGUGUGCGAGUUGCGGUCUACAUGUCUUCCUCCCUGAGAAGCUUGUUGCAGCCCACAGUGCCUAUCACCACAGCUGCUUCCAAUGUAUGCGAUGUUGGUAUCAGCUCACCCCUGAUAACUACUAUAAGACCAAGAGUGCCCAAUAUUGCUGUGAUGCCUGUUCUGAAUUCGGUGCAUGUUCAGAAUUGGAGAUUGAUGUAAGUGAAGCUGACCUCAAGCAGGACAUAGAUAAAAAGGAGAACAAAAUGGAAAUCAUGACUACAAUUUCAGAUCCAUUGCUGGAAGCUCCACUUAGUGACGAAGAAAAGAGUGAGCAGCAAGGUGUUAAACGUUCGAUAGUCAAAGAAUUGUUGUACCAGCAGUGGAGCCAGCUUGAAUUUAUGAGUCAUCAUUUAAUUGGUGAAAGAGUUAUUAACCACACUGUAAACAGUACCAAUGAUGGCAUUAACACGCCUGGCAGACUUUUAGAAGAGAUCAUAAAAUCAGACGAGUUCGAAAGCAACAAACAGAAAACUGACAGAAAGGAUCUACUGCUGUCGAAUAAUAAAGAUGACAAAUUUUUUAAAAUAAUCCAGCGUAUUGACAAGAGAAUUGAAGAGCUCACGGUUGAUGAUGAUAACAAAGUUGAGCAAAAAGAAAUAAAUCCUGUUUUUUUCGAAAAACUAGAGCAAAACAAACAACAACAAAAAAUAGAAAUGAAACAGGAGGUCCCACAAACAAUAAUAGCAUUCCUCGAUACAAGGCCGAGAUACAACUUGCUUGAAAAUAGCAGGUUUAAUUUUGAAAACGAAUUAAAACGAGCAAACAAUAAGGGCAAAAGUGACGAGGAAGGAGAAGAGAUAAUAAGAAGAGAAAAAAGGACCAGCUCCCACAGCAGCAAUCCAGAACUUGGAUCAAAGCCCAAAGUAGAUGGAGACUGGUACGUGAAACCUACAAUUGUACUCAGAAGGUGGAGUAGCUUGAGACUCACUGGCGAGUAUACCAAAGAGCAGCUCAAAGCCAAGCUGCGACACUUUCAUUAUCUGGUUAAGAGUAAGUUAUGGCUUUUUGAUCAAGUGCCUGAAAAGAUAUCUGAAAAUUAUCUCAGCUUGCCUAAACAACAACUGCAGCAAUCAAAGAACGAUUACCCAAAGGAUCUUAAUCCGUUUUCCAGUGACAGUGAAGAUGAACUGUUACAAUCUCCGUCAGAGCAAAACAUUAAAAAACCACUUUCAUCCAACCCAUUUGGCUGCAGUGAUGGAAGUGAAUCACCGAAAUCACUAAUGUCAGAAACGAUGACGACAACGACGAGAACGACUAUGACAUCAAAACGAGUUGCAAGCAGUAAGAGACCAGAGCAGUCAAAAAAACGUCCAAUAUUAAAGGCAACCAAGUACAGCUUAAAUCUCUUCGGGAGUGAUGUCGACUUUCUGGAUAGUGACCAAGAAAAUGAGCCCAAGCUGAGGAACAUCGCAUCUGCAUCGUCAUCGCUGGCUUUACCACCAAUCUUUCGACCAAGAACGCUGAGGUAUUCAUACGCAGAGAGUUUGCAACCCAAGUCAAACCUUACGAACAAUAUUAUUUACUCAUCUAAUACAUCAAUAGUGAGCGCUGGUUCAACAAUAACGCAAGGUGGCACAUACCGCAAGAAGAAGCCAGCUCCACCACUACCGAUACGAAGCAGCACGCCAAGCCCAAGCCUUAAUACUAGCAACGAUAGCCCUAAGCGAAGCCUGUUACCUCAUUUGACGCAGAGGACAAGGAAAGCAAAAGCAGCACCCCUGCCCCCACUCUCAUCCGUAGUAACUUCAACACCCUGUAAGAACAGAUGGACAGAAAGUCCUCAGACCAAGCCGACUUUAAAAUUUACAAUCAAACCAUGUAAACAACAGCAGCAGCAUAUCUGGGACGAAAAAAAACUGGAUAAGAAUAAGGUAAGCCCCAAUAUGCAGAGCAAUUCCAGCGUAGACGGCUCUGAAAACCUGGAUAAAAGCUUCAAUUCCAAAUGGACGCACAAAAAAGGCCCAGCUCCACCCCAGCCUAUCCAUCUGCACCGGAAAAUCAGAGUUAUGUUGACGAAAGACAUAAAGUUAGAACUUGAUCAAAUCGAAAUACAACAACAGGGUCUGGAAAAACUGGGUAUUCACUUAGAGCAGAUUAUAAGAGAGAAGUGUGAGUUAGGAGACACUAAUGAAGAUACAAGCCUUGGGCUGGACAUCGAGGAGCUUGUUUUAGAGUUGUUUUCUCUAGUAAACGAGAAGAAUGAGAUUUUUUGAAGGCAAGCAGAGCUGAUUUUUCUGAGACAACAGCAAAGACUCGAAGAGGAGCACGCUGACGUCGAGUACCAGGGUAGGUAGGUCAUAAGCCAACCAGAAGCAAGUAAAACUGACUUUCACAAGCAGGGUAAGGAGAUACUUAUCCAAAAACUCCUAGAACUAGUGGAAAAGCGAAAUGAAAUUAUCGAGUACCUAGAAAUAAAUAAUCUAAGAGAAGUUGAGGAGGAUCGCAGCAUUUAA